GGGGGUGGAGUGUAAAGUGCGAUACAAAAUAUAUCAAUCUGGAUUAGUUUGUAAAUUUAAUCAGUGACUGACUGAAGUGUAAGAUACAAGUUGUGCAAUAGCAAGGUGAUAAAGUGGGCAACGUGAACUUUUGAUUGUGUUUUGGACUUUAAAAAAAAAUCAUUUUUUCAUUCCACGCUUUUUGUUGAAGAAACAGUCAAGAGAAACAUGCACAAAGUCUUCCUCGUGUUGUUUUUAUUUGCCUCCGUCUACUCUGAGUCGGUGCGGGAGACUGAGACAUGGAUGCCCAUGAAGAUGACCCAAGCCGUGUCGCAUGACGAGCUUGUUGCGUCUGGUGACGCCCCCAACGGCUCCGACUUUGGCUUCCCCGAUGAGGAGCGCGACACAUUUGACAAUGAGGAUGAAACGGAUGAUGAAGACUUCUCUGGCUCUGGAGAUGAAGUAACUACUAUUACACUCAAGAAUGACAAAACCAUGACAAAGCCUGACAUGAACGACAACAAGAUCCCAGACCUGGACAGACCCCUGAUGUCCAAACCCACACCAAAUGAGUUUGAACAGGUCCAGAAGAACAAUGAAGUGUCUGUGCGGGGUGCUCCCAAACCCGAGGAGUACCCAUCAAACGUACUGAUGGCCCAUGCAGGGGAGGAGAGCGUCUUCAGAAAAACAGAGGUCUUAGCAGCUCUGAUUGCUGGUGGAGCAGUGGGGCUGCUCUUUGCCGUCUUCCUCGUCCUUCUGCUCGUCUAUCGCAUGAAGAAGAAGGACGAAGGCAGCUACGACCUGGGAAAGAAGCCCAUUUACAAAAAGGCUCCGACAACGGAGAUCUAUGCCUGAAGCCCACCUUCGCCGGGCCACCUGCCUGCUCCAGUGCCUCUCGAAAGCAAACCUCUCCUCUUGCCUGCAUACUGUAAACCCAGGAAGUCCCAGAGGGAGAAACCAUCAAACAAAAACUGCUUUUCCUAUUCCACCACAAGUUCUGAAGUGGUUCAUUUUGAAACGGAAUCAACAUUUUAACUGUCAGUUUUCCUAUUUUAUUUUGUUCUUUGCCCUACAGGAAAGAUAUUGGGAGAGGACCAUUUCAGCUGCCAAACAAUGCAGUACAACAUUUAUUUGUUUUAUAAAAAAUAUCAAUACUGCAGCGAAAUCUUGACUUUUCUCUCCCACACUGUUUUAUGACACUAACAAGGUGCAAUGACAACUUCACUCAGUGAGGUGAAAUGGUACAGAUAUUUAUUUUCCUCCACCCUACUCUGAACCUUGGUACCCAUACUGGUGCUACAGAAGUCUGUUACUGUAGCAUUUUCUUUUACAAUAUUUUUUAAAUAAUCCCUGUGUAGGGAAAUCGUGAAAGGUUCUGUUUAGAUUCAAAUGUAUUUUGUCAAACAGAUUAAGUCUGAAGUGAAUUCCAGAUUGAUGAAAAUAACUUGAUACAUGCUUGAUACACCCUAUCAAUAUAGCGGGGGCCAAUCAAACAUGCUUUUAGUCCUAGGACAAAUCGCUGUGUGAAUACACCCACUCCAUCCACAGACCACAAAAUUAUUUGUAAAAACGAGCAACACAACGACACAUACAUACAUGAUUGGUGAGCUCAGUUUUUUGCCAGACCUCAUCACAGUGAUUACAAUUCUUGUAAACUAAGCUAUUUGAACAGCUUAUGGACUAUCGCUGUUGACAUAACAAUAAUUAUCACUGCACAUGGACUGUACGCUUCAAGGGAUCUGUACAUAGCCAUUUUAAUAAAAUUCUGAACUUGGAACUUAGCCAUUUCUUGGCAGAUGUUUAUUUACCAAAUAUUUUAUACUUUGUCUAACAUUACUGUAAAUGCAUGGAAUAAUCGGUUUCUUCAUACCUAAGAAGUAGGGGUGUAAUGAUUCCCUGAUACAGAUCGGCCCUGGUUCAAAUGUUUGACAACCGUUCCAAAUGUAAAGUAGUAUGCAUGCAUCAGUCAGUCACUAAAUUGACAAAAAGCUAUCGAGGGCGGCAAUGUCCACCCGAUAGCUGGGUGGUAGAUGCCCAGUUUUCCUUAUGGCUCAGCUCUGGUGCCUACAUACACUAGACUUAUACGAUUUACACACACGUCAGCUGAGACCGAGCUCAUGAGCUCUAUCGGCAGCAGAUUUGAAUUUAGAAUGGGAAAUGAAUGUGUUUUAUGUAACAAAUGUUAGUGAACCGAAUCGCAUCGAUUUGUUCCUCUAAUCAAACUGAAUCGUACCGACUCGUUUCAAACUAAAACACAUCAUUCCUGUAUCGUAUCGUAGCCCAACUAUCUAGAUGCGUAUUGAAUCGUUGUGAAAGGGAAAGAUCCACAUCCCUACUAAGAAGCCUAUAGUGGGAAACACGUUUUAACUACCAAUGCUAGUACUAACUUUUUCUGUCCAAUGUUUUAGAAUACUUGUUCAAUUUAACUAUAAUUGUAUUGCCUUUCAGGUUGGGGCUUUUCCCCCUCUUAGCUGUUGUAUUUGAUUUAAAUGUUUUAUAUACACUAGUUCAAGAAGCAAAUAGUUUUAAAACUGUUUUAUUUUGUACAUUUUAAUUUUUUCUUGACAUUUUUAAGCCGUAUAUAUUUAUGUUUUGUAGAAGGAUUGCUAUGUAAUUGUUCAGGGGAACUGAAUUGAGCCAUGUGUCAUUUGCAUGGGGAAAAAUCUGCUGCUUUUGUCACAAGAUAUGUGAAUCACCAAUUGAGUGGAGAAGUCAAUGAAUCAUUGAUUUCUGCAUGCAUGUUCUGAUUUAUUUGGAAAUAAAGCUAUUUUUAUGCAUAUUAACUAAAAAAA